AUGCCACCGCUGUGCCGGCGUCCGGGCCGCCGCGUCCUUCUUCUCCUACUGGCCAUGCUGCUGCCCUCGUCACCCCCGGCCCGCGCCCCCGCGCCCCCGGGCCCCGCCGCCGCCCUACUCCAGGCUCUUGGGUUUCCCGACGUGCCCCGGGGCGCCCCCAAGUCCCGGCCCGUACCCCCUGUCAUGUGGCGCCUGUUCCGCCGCCGGGACCACCAGGAGGCCAGGGCGGGCCCUCGGAGGACGCCCCUGGGGGCUACCCUGCGGCCGUGCCACGUGGAGGAGCUGGGGGUCGCCGGAAACAUCGUGCGCCACGUCCCGGACCGCGGCGCAGCCGCCCGGCCCCCGGAGCCCCCCUCAGCUGCGGGACAGUGCCCUGAGUGGACCGUCGUCUUCGACCUGUCGGCCGUGGAGCCAGCCGAGCGCCCGAGCCAGGCCCGCCUGGAGCUGCGCUUCGCGGCUGCAGAGGCGACGGCGGGGACGGCGGGCGGCUGGGAGCUGAGCGUGGCGCCGGCGGGCGCGGGCCCCGGGCAGGUGGUACUCCGCCAGGCGGUGCCCGCCCUGGGAAUGCCGGUGCGCGCUGAGCUGCUGGGCGCCGCCUGGGCCCGCAACGCCUCGGCGCCGCGCAGCCUCCGCCUGACGCUGGCGCUGCGUUCCCGGGCCCCCGCCGCCUGCGCGAGCCUGGCCGAGGCCUCGCUGCUGCUGGUGACCCUCGACCCGCGCCUGUGCCACCCCCUGGCCCGGCCGCGGCGCGAGGCCGAGCCCGCAGUGGGCGGCGGCCCCGGGGGCGCGUGUCGCGCGCGGCGGCUAUACGUGAGCUUCCGCGAGGUGGGCUGGCACCGCUGGGUCAUCGCGCCACGCGGCUUCCUGGCCAACUACUGCCAGGGCAAGUGCGGGCUGCCCGCCGCGCUGUCCGAACCCGGCGGGACGCCCGCGCUCAACCACGCGGUGCUGCGCGCGCUCAUGCACGCGGCCGCCCCUAGCGCCGCCGCCGGCCUGCCCUGCUGCGUGCCCGCGCGCCUGUCGCCCAUCUCCGUGCUCUUCUUCGACAACAGCGACAACGUGGUACUGCGGCACUACGAAGACAUGGUGGUGGAUGAGUGCGGCUGCCGCUGACCGGGGGCUGGCGGGAGGGGGCAACAAUAAACACUGCGUGGUCCGCUCUGCUGUCUUCUCGGGUCUUGUCACCUGGGAGUGGGGAGGGAAGCAGCUAUGUCCAUCACCAUCAACCACCAGGAUGGUGGGUGGUGGGAUCCUACAGUGACGCCGCCGGCCCAGCCUUCCCAGAACCCAUCUCUAGGGUGCCCAACAUCUAAUGUACACGGGCCCCAGGAACUGACCCUGCAUAGGCCCAUCUUACCCCAUUCCAGUCCCUGCUGCACAGGUUUGGCCCAUCUCAGCUUUGCCGUUGAGGUGGCUCCGAAUCCCCCACCCCCAACCAGGCAGAACCCCAAACCAAGUGCUCUGCCACCCCCUGUAGUUAUCCAGCCCCAGUGUGAAUGCAGAGCUGUUUAUUAAGAUUUUAUUGGUGACAAAAGAAGUUAAAACAAAUUGACCGAAAAUCAAAAAGUUA